AUGAUCUCUUGGUUGUUAUUCGACAUAACCGUCCGUAACCGUCGACCCCCCGGAAAUAGCGCCAUGGCAGCGCUGUUGGACCGUUCAGGAGAUGCUGGGCAGGUGACGUAUGGUAACUUCCAACAUGCCGUGAAUGGCCGACAAGAAAGCUCCAAGAGGAGGGUGUACCUGGUCUUCUCGCUAGUUGCCGGCCUCGCGUUGAUAGCAGUUGUCCUCUCAUCGGCGAGGAAUGGCGAUAGGCCAGUCCUAGCACAUGCCUCCGUCUCCAUUUCUGAUCAGGUCGAUCAAAGGAUCAGCCUUGGCAAGCCAAACACUCGAAAGCGAUACUUCUCCCUGGCCAGCGACUCCAACGUCCAGGGAGCUGGAGGCUUUCCGUGGGGUUACAGCGGAGACACUGGGCCAGCCAAGUGGGGAUCCCUGCAUGGAGCAUGGCAGUUGUGCGACAAGGGGCCGACGCAGUCGCCCGUCAACAUCGUGACGUCAGACAUCAAGGCAGACCUCGACCUUCCGGGCCUGACAUGGCAGAUUCCCAGCAGCAGUGAAGGUUCCGGACGAGCGAGGGUGUUCUACGAUGGCCACAGCAUCUGCCUGUCACAGCUUCAGGGGGUGCACCUUGACAUCGUCGGUUUCUCUCGCUACCUCGACAGUUUGCCGCUGUCUGCUGUCGAGCAUCGAAAUUUCUCCUUGGUGGAGAUGAGAAUCCAUACUCCCUCUGAGCACACUGUUGACGGCCAUAGAUACGACGCUGAGCUGCAGUUCGUGCAUGAAUGCACUCCGUUGACCGACCCGCCAUGCCCGGUCAACAAGAGUCUGAUUGUCUCUGCGCUGAUGUCUCUAGCUAGAACGAACCUCGGGGAGGAGAGUCCUUCGUUCCUCACGGAUAUGGUGAAUGACUUGAGGCUGAUCCAAGGACACUGGAAUCAGUACAUCGCGAGUUUCGGGUUUGACUUCGGGAACGUUGCAAACGCACUGAAGAUCUAUUCGCACAGUUAUUGGUUCUUCAAAGGAAGUGAGGAUGUGAAAAAGGAUUGUGAAUGUUGUGAUAUGUCGCCAAUGGAGCUGAAAGGUCUCGCUUUACAGUCUAACCAUGCCGCCCUGUACUGA